AAAUCGGAUAAAAAUAUGGUUCACUUUAAACACCGGUAUGGUAUUCAUUGUUUACAGAAAAUGGUAAUUGAGUAGAUCCGACUUUAACAUUUUGGGUUUGGUUAAUGUUUUCAUGAAGAGAGAGAGAAGCAAAAGCAUGUGAUAGAGGAUAAAUAAUCACAUUUAGGGCAAAGAUUCUUUCAAAGCUGGGGUCCACGUGGGUAUGGAGGGGCACAGUGUCCGGUGGGUUAGGGAACAGUGCACAAACCCCAACGGACCCACUCGUUCCUCUUUCAUGGACCGGUCUAGUUCGGUACGGUUCGGUUUCUGUCCUUAGGCACUACUUUUUUCUCACUUCUAUAUAUAACUCCUCUUCAUUCAUCACCCUCCUCAUUAUUAUCAUUCCCUUCUCAUCUCUUUCACAUUCACUGCCAAAAAAAUUACACUAUCUUGAUUUGUGAUCCGUUAAGCGAAAAUGAAGACGACCGGUUCAAGUGUAGGAGGAACAAAGAGGAAGAUGUGGAGCCGUGGAGUGGGAGGAGUGGUUAGAGAGCAAAAGGCUAAGCUUUACAUCAUAAGGAGGUGUGUCGUCAUGCUUCUUUGUUGGCAUGACUAAAAAUCAAAUCAUUAUCAUCAUCAUCAUCAUCGGCUUAAUGAAGACUAACCAAAGAAUUAUUAUUUUUUUCUUUUUUUUUGCGGGUCUUACUUAUAAGUUAUAACCCUUGGGAAGAAAGCUUUAUAUGUAUUGACUUCUAAACGGAGCUAAUAUGUAUAUUUUUUUUUUGUAGUAGUUUUUUCAUCCCAAAGAAGGUUUUUUUUCAGAUGUAUAUUAGUAACUUAUUAAUUCGAUAUCUUUUGUUGUUGUU